UCAAACAAAACAGAAGUUCAGCGAAGUAUCACCUUUGGCCAAUACGAAAACAUCAAUCUCCUCUCAGUUGCUCUAAUUUGGCGAAUCUAGUUUUGAUAACUGAUGCCAGAAUUCUACCCCAAAAAAAAAUGAUGCAAGAAAGUGACAGCUAAAAAUUGAGAAAUGAAAAAGCAAAAGAGCAGCACUGUGACUCGGUAAAUUGUCUGAUAUUUCUAUUGCUGAUAACGUUGAUACUGUUAAUUCUAUCAAAAACGAUUGUGGCUCUGCGUGUGUUGCUGAGUUUUGCUUGGAAGAGAAAACAGAGAACAUGGCUAGCGAUCGAAAGCCAAAGGCAGUGAUUGUGGGGGGAAGUAUAGCUGGGGUAUCAACCGCACUUGCGCUCUGUUCCACAGGCUGGGAAGUGGUGGUGCUUGAGAAAACCAGUUCACCUUCCACCGGAAGUCCCACCGGAGCUGGUCUCGGACUCGAUUCUCUCUCUCUAAGGAUCAUUGGUUCAUGGCUUUCUCAACCGGAGCUCCUCCACCACUCCACCAUACCCCUUACCAUAGAUCAGAACCAGGUAACUGAUAGUGAAAAGAAGGUGAACCGGACAUUGACAAGAGAUGAAAGUUUCAACUUCAGAGCAGCACAUUGGAAUGAUCUUCAUGGCCUUCUGUACAAUGCAUUGCCACCGAAUGUAUUUUUGUGGGGUCACCUAUUUCUCUCUUCUCAUAUUGCUGAUGAUAUAGCCUCUGUUGCAGUUAAGGCUAAAGUUCUGAAAACGGGUGAGAUCAUCGAGAUAGUAGGGAAUCUGCUUGUUGCAGCAGAUGGCUGUCUCUCCUCCAUCCGCCAGAAAUUCAUCCCUCAUUUUAAAUUGAGGUAUUCAGGCUAUUGGGCUUGGAGAGGGGUUCUUGACUUCUCAAAAGCUGAGAAUUCAGAGACCAUUACUAGCAUCCGAGAGGCAUAUCCUGAUCUUGGCAAAUGCUUGUACUUUGACUUGGGAUCAGGCACGCACAGUGUGUUCUAUGAGCUCCAAAACAAAAGGCUUAACUGGAUUUGGUAUGUCAAUCAACCAGAGCCUGAAGUCCAGGGAACCUCGGUGACGAUGAAAGUGAGUAGAGACAUGAUCCAGAAGAUGCUCCAAGAGGCGGAGAAAGUUUGGAUUCCUGAGUUGGUAAAUGUCAUGAAAGAAACAGAGGAUCCAUUUCUGAAUUUCAUAUAUGAUAGUGAUCCCUUGGACAAAAUAUUCUGGGACAACGUGGUGUUAGUAGGAGAUGCAGCUCACCCCACAAGUCCUCACUGCUUGAGGAGCACAAACAUGUCCAUAUUAGACGCAGCAGUGCUAGGAAAAUGCAUAGAAAAAUGGGGAGAUCAAAAGCUACGAUCAGCUUUGGAGGAAUAUCAAUCCAUUAGGCUGCCAGUCAGUUGGAAGCAAGUUUUACAUGCGAGGCGUUUGGGGCGCAUAAAGCAAGGUUUAGAACCUUUCGACCCCAAGUCACCCAGGCCAGAGGAUUGCCAGGAGCUUCAGCAGAAGAACAUACCCUUCUUCAACCACGUGCCUUCAAUACUUAAUUCCAUUUGAUUGCCUAUAGCAGUAAAGAUAUAAUCAAUUAGAACAUCAAUUUGUGUAUUACAGUGAUACCAACAUGUGUUAUAAUCAAUUAUUGUUUCUCUUGUGUCUUA